AUGAAAGGCCGAUUCGAUUUUAUCAACAACACUUUGGUAUUUCUCGGAACUGAGCCUCCGGGCGAAAUCAAGGUGGUGACGAGCCCCACAUUACCUGUGACGUUGGUUUUUUGGGAGCGGUUCUUUGUAUGGUGGUACACAUAUAAGAAUUAUUACGAUUUCUUCACAAAAUGGUGGUCGCAGAGCAGAAUGUGCAGCAGUGGUCUCGGCAGGCGAUCACAUCAUACAAUGCUAUAUACAGUUAUUAUAAUUGACACUGUGAUUGACUCAAAUUUGGUUUGA